AUGACAAAAAGUGAACAAGCUAUCGAAAUCAUUAAAGAAUCCAAUCUUACCGCUAGAGAAAAGGUGGCAUGUGUCAAUUUUAUCGGUCGAGACCAGUUUACUAUUGAAAACAGUGCCCAGGUUGUUCUUAAUCAAAACGCUGCUGGUGUACUUCGAGAAUUUGCCCAAGAUCUCGAUAACUUUUUACUCCAAGAAAGACUAUGUCAAAUGGGUAAAACCUUUGAGGAGAUACACAAAUCCUAUGCCAAUCCAAAUAGAUCCGGGAAUGAUUAUUUUAUAACUCUGUAUCAAACUAGUAAAGCAAAACAAACAGUAGUGAUCACUUUUGGAUGUAAGAUUAUCUUAUCUGUCUGUGAUCGAUCGACAACAACAACAACACAUAUUACAAUUAUUGUAUAA